AUGCGUCUUCCACGCCCCCGCUCGCAGCGGGCAUUACCCCGCAAAUGGACCGCACCCUCUGGCCCUCACACGCUGACCAGCUACAGACACAGCAGUGCGGCGCUAAGGACCACCGAUGACAUGGAACAAGACCCGAACGAACGAGAAAGAAUAGGGUCGUUAGACCGUGUCCACCAUCCACCAUCCUCAUCGACCACAGCCCAGCCAAUUUCCAAAUCAACAAGCAUAUCUUCACCAGCUACAAAAAGUCCCAGAUGA